AUUACUUUUAUAUAAAAAUGAAUACUUUUUUUUUCUUUUCUUUUCUUUUUUUUCUUUCUUUCUUUUCUUUUUCAAUCUAUUAUCAUCAUGUCCACUGACAACAAACUUCAUUCUAUAUCUUCUUUAUUAAAUCAAGAAUCACAUUCUAUACCUACACCAACAUCAUCACCCCCAGCUGGAGGACGUAUCUUAUCUACUCACCUUUAUAACACCUUCACUGUAAAUAUAUCUGAUCAUCAACAAGAACCAACCAAUAAUAAUAAUAAAAAAUCAUCAUCCAGUAAUCGAAUGAAAUUGACCAAAUCAUUUCGUUGUGAUCAAUGUUUUCAAACUUUUAGUAGAUUGAAUAAUCUAAAAUCACAUCGUACUACUCAUACAUCUGAACGUCCAUUCCAAUGUAAUCAAUGUCAUCAAGAUUUCCGUCGACAACAUGAUUUAAAACGACAUCAAAAACUUCAUACAGGAGAAAGACCUUUUUCAUGUGCGACUUGUCAUCGUUCAUUUGCUCGAUUAGAUGCUCUAAAUCGUCAUCAAAGAGUGGAAGGAGGAUCAGCAUGUCAACCUAAACAACGACGACCAACAAUACCAGACAUUCAUAUCCCACAUCCUGCUUCCACCAAACAUCAUGAUUCUCUUUUAAUUUUACCAUGGUCUCCUUCUACUCGUACUUUACCAUCACCUUACGCAUCCCCUCCUCUCACAUCCUCACCUCACUCUCCAUCACUUGGUUCUCCUAAGGAACCUGAUUUUUGGAAAUCAGAGUACCAUCAGCUGAAAAAAGCCAUGAUCGCUUUGCAAGACGAAACACAAGCAUUAAAAUCAGCUUAUCAUGAUUUGAAAAUCGAGAAUAAGGUCUUGACAUCUUUACUAUUAUCUAAACAAAAAGAAACAUCAUCAUCAUCAUCAUGAAAUAAUAAUAAAAAAGAGAUCACUUUUUUUUUUCUGACAUGUCUAUAUGGGGAGAAUCGGUCAUUGCCGAAGAUGACUUUUUUUUUUGUGUGUGUGUAUGAUAAGGCUUGGCAUUUUUUUUUCUGGCUGAUCCAAAUGCUAUUUUUAGAGUGACAACGUGCUUACCUUAUUGUCCUUUUUUUUUCCCUUUUUUACAGCCACACUCGAUCGAUUCAUUAUUUUUAGAAUAUUUGUUUUCCCCCUUGGAUUAUCUCUAGAAAAAAAAAAAAAAAGACCGUGCGCCCAGUCAUCAUUACUUUUUUUGGCACCUAAAAAUAAAUCCAUAUAAAA